AUGAAGGUAGGAACGACCCUCCAGCUCCAGUCCAACAAUGGGCCAUUGCAGCUUACCAUUGACUCGCCGCCCGACAAGCAUGGUGGCGUCAAGGUCCGUGUCCGCGGGCGCGAGGGUCAGUAUGAGGCAGUGCUGCAGGUCAAGAGGGAUGGAGUCAGUGAGGGGGGGAGGAAGGGGGAGGUCAGGGUGCUGGACGUCGGGGAACUUCGUCCUUCAAGCACGAGUGCGGGGAACAAGAAGCUAAGAUCGCUGAAGCUUGUCUCAAUGCCGCAAGGAUGGUACGCCUACGACCCGAUGGAAGAGAUAUCGGGCAAGGAGACGAGGUUUGCUGGCAUCCAUAUCGAAGCGCCGUCAUGCGGCUGCCCUGGCUGCCCAUGUGAUGCAGAAGCGCAUCUGAAGAUUGAUGUCUUCUGUCCUCCCUACAUCGCUCCUGACCAUGGCAGCGUGUGGUACAAGGGCAGGCAAUUCAACGACUCCACCUCGGAGGUUCCGACCAGUCGGCGUUCAAUCAGGAUCGGCUCAAAGACGCUGCCGGUGGCGCAGAAGGGAGACAUCCCGGAGGGAGAUGUUGUGCAGAUCACUUGCAAUGAACAUUUUCAGCUGUCGCGCGAAGGGUCCGAGAUUCCUCGCUGUCUGUCCACUGGAGAAUUUCAGCGAGGAAAGACCUGCGAGCCCAUCAUGUGCUCUGCCUAUUACCCCCCGACAACGGAGGCGUCUGGCCGGACACUCCCGUACAGGGACGACUGGCCUCUCUCCUCCAUGGGCCCACAAGCGGGAGACUAUGGCGGAAGCUCUUCGAUCUGA